UUCCGCGAUCAACUCGACUCCCACAACGAACGCCGCGAACGCAUCAUCAAGAUCUCCCGCGACGUAACCGCCCUCGCCAAAAAGAUGAUCUUCUCCCUCCAUCGUCUUCCUCCGCCUUCUGGCACCUCCUCCCAGGUCAUCCCCUCCGGUAUUCAGAAAGACCUCGACAAACGCAACUCAGAAAUCCACGAAUUACUGAGGAAGGCAGCAGUGGAUCUUGAAGGCCCAAACGCCUAUAAAUAUCAGAAACAACUCUCUGGUGCACUGCAGGAAUACCUCGAAGCCCUCACCUUCCAGCACUACCUCGAAACCUCAACCCUCCUCACUUACCCCGCCGCCUGCGCCCUCCUCUCCCCCCUCGGCAUCACGCUCCCAGAAUCAGAUUUCCUCUUAGGAUGGGCCGACACCACCGGCGAACUCAUGCGUCGUGCCAUCUCCCUCCUCCCAGCUCAUCCUGACUCCGCACGGGAGAUCUUGGUGGUACUUCGUGGGUUAUGGGAAGGAUUUGAGUGUCUCAAUGUCGACACGGAGGGAGUGCGAGGGACGUGGGGCGAGAUUGGGAAGAAGAUGGGGGUGAUGAGGGGGAGUGUGCAGAAGGUUGAGGAUGCGUUGUAUAGUGUUUGUGUUAGGGGGAGUGAGAGGCCGGCGGGGAUGUUGGAUUUGGGUGGUGGGGGCGGAGGGAACAAGAGGCAGAGGGAGGUUGAUGAUUAUGUUGAUAACUACUAA